AAGACUGAAGUUGCCAACUGGGAUUUGGGACAGGCCAAAGGCAGUACCCUAUGCUGGGAGAGAGGGAAAGUUUGAGACUUGAGACUGCACUGAAGUUCUCAGUUCUCUGGAGAGAUCUUGCGGCUUUUGCCGUUGUGUAACUGUUGCGCGAAGAAGAUCGAAUUCACACGACGCAGUCUGCCUCUUGCUCAAGAAGUGGGUUCAAGAGCAAAACCCAAAACCCCCUACUGGUUCAUGCUCGACCUGUGUGGUGGCCCCAAAAUUUCAGUUUCCGAACUUGAGGCGAAAUGGGGUUGGAGAGCUACGUGGUAGUUCAUAAUAUAGCCAAAAGGCACAACGUUGGGACCCUUGCACGAAGCGCCACGGCUUUUGGAGUAACCGAGCUCAUACUCGUUGGCCGCAGAGAUUUUAACUCAUUCGGCAGCCAUGGCUCCACCUCUCACCUCCGUUUCCGUCACUUUCACUCCCUCCAAGAUGCUCGCCACUUCCUAAAGGAGAAGGACUGUGAUAUUUGUGGCGUGGAGAUCACGGACGAUGCCAAACCCGUCAAUCAGCAUCCCUUCAAGAGAAGCACGGCUUUCCUUCUUGGGAACGAGGGUACGGGCCUUUCCGCUAAGGAAUGUGAGAUAUGUGACUUUUUUGUUUAUAUCCCACAAUAUGGGGGUGGCACUGCUUCAUUGAAUGUUACUGUAGCAGCUUCAAUCGUACUUCAUCACUUUGGAGUCUGGGCAGGUUUUGCAGAAAGAUCUCGUGAUGGAAACAAAUUCAUUGUUGCUGAGAAACCUAUAAAACAGGGUCGGCGAAACUACUGUGCUGAAACAGAAGAUAGUAUCGCGGAAGAGCGUAAAGGAAGGAGGGAAAAUGCUGCUAAUGGUUUCUUUGAUGAGGCUGAGAAUGGAAAUGCAUCUUCUAACCUCCUGGAUGCAUUAUUUGUCAAUGAAUGAUGGAAGAUGCCUUGACAUUUUGGGCACAUCAGAUUUUGAGAAUCUGGUUUGAUGGCUUAAAUUCUUGAGCCACCUUGGAACAGGAACCAGAGCAACCUAAGUGGUUGAUGGAGAAUGCUAUAUUUAAUAUCUAGCUUUCGAAAAAGGAUCUCAUUUUUGCUGAGGAAGGAUUGGACCUGCAUUAGGUGUAAUUGUAAACUUGCAGUUUACCAGUUGAGAGUGUUGCAACUACCUUUGGCGGAGGGACAUAUUUUGAAGUCAAAUCCAGUUCUCCUGGAUUAACUACUGUUGUAACAGAUCACAAUUCUAUCGGCUUCAUACUUAAUUGUUAAAUCAACUGAUAUAAUGCUUUUUUA